UUUCCCCCCGGACACAACCCCCCACGGGAGCAUCCAGUACGAAGAGUUGGAUAAACUGAAACAGACGAAGGUGUUCCUGAGUGAGAAGCUCAUUAGGCACGACUGGUCUCAGACGGCUGACCGUGUUUUCGUAACUCUCUACAAGAAGGGCCUCCGUGAAAACGACUGCCUCCACUACGUUGAAGAAGGUCGUCUCUCAGUUAUGAUUAAAAUGGACGCGGACGAGAUGUACCUCCUCGAAAAACGACUCUUCUCAAAAAUAAUCCCCAACCGGACAAGCGUUUCUGUAACUCCAAUGAAAAUCGAAGUCACACUUGAGAAGCUCCAACCAGACGUUGAAUGGCCCCAACUCGAGGAAAGAGAAAAGGACAAAGUGAACGGACUAGCCAAAAGCAAGGAAAAUCUUCUGAACCCGUUUAGUGGAAAAAGCACCCACGAAUGGGACAAGCUAACAAAGUCCAUAAAGGAUGAGGAAGAGGAGGGAAGCAUCGAUACCUUCUUUAGGAAAAUAUAUAACGAAGGAGAUGACGAUACGAAGAGAGCCAUGAUAAAGUCGUUUCAAACCUCCCGGGGAACGAUCCUCUCCACAAAUUGGAAAGACGUCCAGCACAAGAACUACGAACAGGUGAACAGGAGAGGCGCUGAUGAGGAGAAGCACUCAUGA